CAACAGCUGACUGGUUUCUUUGUUGACUUCUUUUAUUGCAUGUCGAGACUAAAUGUAAACGAUCCUCGAUUAAAGGACUUCUGAGAAGUACGAUAAUUACAUUUCGAAGUACUUAACAUUCCUCACUGAGAUGCCAAGAUGAGCAACGCUUUGCGAGCCAAGGAAUUACUCAUACGCGCUGUAGAAUGCGACCAGAAUGCACGGAUUCUGGAGGCCCAAACUCUUUACACAGAGGGGAUCGCUCAACUUAUGCAGUUCGUAAACGGGGAACCGGAUGAAACUAAGCGAAAGGGAUUCCUGACCAGGAUCAAGGAGUAUAUGGAUCGAGCGGACGCCAUAAAAGCGCGGGUCAAUGGCAAACUCAUGCUCGGCGAGGUGGUCUCGCAUGUUUCCAUCGAUGAAAACGACACGGGCUUCGAUUACGACCAGCUCUUUGGAAAAUAUAUGGAUGACAAGACCGUCGAGAUUAUGCUGGAAGAGCCCUAUAUGACGCAGAACUAUCAGUAUCAAAACCUUGUGAGAUUCUUGGAGCUAGCUGUUACCAACUGCCCUAACUUAAAGUAUUUUCGGCUGAUCACCAAAGAGUAUCAGGAUCAGAAGAACCCCGAUCAACAAAGAACAAAUCUUGGACAAAUAAAGGGAGAUUUGGAGCGGAGAAACAUUACCGUCUCCAUAAAAUAUGAAGACACGCUGCACGAUCGCAAAAUCUACUUAAGCAAUGGCUACAUAAUCAAAAUUGGACGCGGUCUGCACUUUUACAAGGCCGCCAACCCCAUGUAUUCCAUUGGCCUGGUCAACUACAAAUUCCGAAAAUGCCUCCAAACGGAUGUGGAUAUUUGGCGCAACAGCAGCGCAGCAUCCUGAAGCACAGACAAUAAUGUUUAGAUUUAAGUGAAACAACUUCUUUUAUACAUUCAAUUCUUUUGCCUCUUCUAUAAAGAUUUCUUUUAAUUUUUUGUAAACGAAGAAAGGGAGUAGUCGCCCACAAUUGCAGAUUCUGGGCUGCUAUAAAUCUGCAGACGCCACGAAGACACCGAAACUAAUAUAUGGACGUGGCCAGAGGGGCGUUUUCUCCGCUGUUCUCUGCCAGAAAAUGUUUAAAAUUCAUAACUUUCACGCCACUUGCGGAUGCGGAGGCAGCUGCACAGCUGGCGGCCCGUCCUGGCUGCUGUUUUGAAUGCCGCUUGCCACUGAAGCAGCCAGCGGGUGGCCAUUGCAGUUGCAUAAAAGACAGAAGCGGAAGCUCCUGCUUUACCAGCUCCUGUCCGUGUCCCCAGGGCUCGCUUAAAGCCCAGUCUCCAGCUCGGUGGGAAUACAGUCGAACGUCUGUAGGUCGAACUUCCUUGCACUUUUAUGCGACUCGAACAGAAUUAGCUGGCAAACUUACGGGAUUGUUGUUCCAUUACUCUAUUUGUGAACUUCUUAUAAAGAGCAACACAGCUAAUGUUUCUUUCUGCUUUACUUUAGUAAAAUGUAAAAAUAUUCUUAAAUAAUAGAAAGGUUCUUAUAACAAAAAGACAGGCAACGGUCAUAACAUUAAAUGUCUUUCCUCCAAGAUUUAAAAAUAACAACUAAGUUAAUUAUCGUACUUUGGCGGUUGCGUCUCAAUAGUUUUAUAUUGUAACUUUAAAAGCUCGUAUCAUAAGUAACCAACCAAAAGAAAUACAUUUUUAAAAAGAAA